GGUUCGAGGUGUGGACGACUCGUUCCCUUCAAUCUGAUUCGUGCAGUGGGGGCACGGCACCCACCUCCUGGCCCCGGCUGCGUAAUGACUGGCCUCGGGUGAGGGGAAGUCCCGGUGGGCGAGGCCCCUCAGUGCCUGGUCCCUUUCUCGGCAGUCGGGUGGGGCAGGGGAGAAGGUGCGAGCUGCGGGGGGCUAAGCCAGCGCCCUGCGCCCCACCCAGGCUGCGGCCGCGCGAGGGGGAGGAAGCGCGUACAAAUUCAAGUGCCAAGUUUCCUUUUCUGUUUUCUCGUCGGAGCAGCAUCAAAGGGCCGCCAGUGAGCAUGUCUAACUUCAGUGCGAAGGGGGCCCGGAGCCAAAGGGAUUAAAACUAGUGGCCCCCCCAGUUCCCGCUUCCCUGCGCCGCUGCACACCUCGCUGGGCCAUGAGUAGCCGCGAUCACCUGUUCAAGGUGCUCGUGGUGGGGGACGCCGCGGUGGGCAAGACGUCGCUGGUGCAGCGAUACUCCCAGGACAGCUUCAGCAAACACUACAAGUCCACGGUGGGAGUGGACUUUGCGCUGAAGGUUUUGCAGUGGUCCGAUUCCGAGAUGGUGCGGCUCCAGCUGUGGGACAUUGCAGGGCAGGAACGCUUCACCUCAAUGACAAGGCUGUACUACCGGGAUGCCUCGGCCUGUGUCAUUAUGUUCGACGUUACCAACGCCACCACUUUCAGCAACAGUCAGAGGUGGAAGCAAGACCUGGACAGCAAGCUCACCUUGCCCAACGGAGAGCCCGUGCCCUGCCUGCUCUUGGCCAACAAGUGUGAUCUGUCCCCUUGGGCAGUGAGCAAGGACCAGAUUGACCGGUUCAGUAAAGAGAAUGGUUUCACAGGUUGGACAGAAACAUCAGUCAAGGAGAACAAAAACAUCAAUGAGGCCAUGAGAGUCCUUAUUGAAAAAAUGAUGAACAACUCCAAAGAAGAGGCCGUAUCUUUGUCCACCCAAGGGAACUACAUCAAUCUGCAAAGCAAGUCCUCCUCCAACUGGACCUGCUGCUAGUAGAGCCGGCUUCUUUCCCAUCCCACCCUGGUGGUGCUUGUCCAGCUGUCACUUGUGCUCUGAACCUUGGACUUGUCUUCUGCUGAACUGUCCAGGAAAGAGCAUCACCUUCCCUAUGGACUCCUGGGACCCAUGUGCCUCUCUGUACCUGCUAGAAGUUGACUCUGACCUGUUGCUGACUGUUGGUGCCUUUUGUGUAGCAAACAUCAUCUCAUCACUCCAACAGUGACCUGGCAUGUCGUGGGAAGGAUCAGAAAUCAGCAUCUGUAUUUUAAAGAUCAUAAAUCUCACCUACUCUUGGAACUUGCUAUUCCAUUUUAUGUAUGUUGGCAUCUUCAGUUUGGGAAGAAAAUGAGAUCAAAUGUCAUUGUCCAAAUUACUGAAGAAAUUGCUUCCAAAUUGUCUUGGACUUGGCAUUUGAACUUCGGAUUCUGGGAUGCAGGAGGGGAGCCAGAUUUCUGUGGGUUUGGCCACCCAGAAAUCACUGUGAUUUUGAAACUUAAAAGAGUCAUAAUUAAUGUUUCUCUAGUCUUGGCUUCAAGAAUAGUCAAGCUUUUCAACUACCUGUGUUGUGCAAUGAGAUCAUUUCUUUCCACAAGGAACUUUAACUUCACACUAGAGUUUUCUAGGAUUUCUCUACUAGUAGAGUAAGGACAGGGCCUUGAGUUUUUGGGUUGAUGUCUUGAGGCAGUUAGCGGUGGUGCUCCAAAAAUAGGUCUGUUCUUCUCACUUUGGGAAUAUGGAUGGAAGAACAAAAGGCAGAGAAAUUCACAGAACAGUAUCUAGCUGAGCCACCUUCUGAGUCUUGUGGGCGGCUCACACUGAACAGCCUAGGCCUUAGGGAGAAUGGAUAGACAGAAAAUCACUAGCCCACUGAGUCCUAAAUUAGGCAGGGUUUUAGAAACACAUCACUUCUGGACAGUUUAUUAAAUUUGCUCUUGAAUGGUGAUGUGUAACCUCCCCCAAGGUCAUGAAUAUUUUAGAGAACUCCCUGAGAAUCUGCAAAAAUGUUUAGAUGUUUUUGAGGGGUUUGGUUCCUAGUGUCAAAUCUACUGGAUGGGAAUUUCCAAAGAUGAAGCUUGAGGAGGAAUUCUUUUCUAAGCAGACGAUUCCAAUGAACCUUCUUUGGGACUUGGUGCUGGGGAACUUGAUAAAGAGGCAGAGACCCAGGCCAUUUCUCUUCAAUGUCCAGGGUCUCCCACAUGCUCUGUGAACACUCUAGGUCAUCUGCCACAUGUCAGGUUUGAAAGCCACUGUCCCACAGAAUGAAAGGCCACCUGCCAGAAGGAGCAGGGAGCCACGCCUCCAGUCUUUUAUUGUUGGUUUUAAUACCAAUGAUUAUAACUUGAACACUCUUUUAAGUCCUUAAAGUUUUCUUUUGUAUUACUAUUUCCUGGUAGGGUUUGGAUCACAGAGAUUCUGCAAAGAAUUGUGGAAUAAUAAAUUAUAUUUAUAGGAAAGUAAUAUUGACUUUGAAUCACUGAUAUCAGCCCCUGAAAACUCUUAAAUAAAUAUGAACUGAAUCUUA